UCCACCUUUCCCGCACCUUGUUGCACAUAAAAAUUCCCACGCCCCGCACCCAACGACCUCCGCGUCCGCCCCCAAAACCCCCGCAAACCCUAGCCGCCGCCAGCUAGGCAAGGAAUGGCCGCCCUCCUGCGGCUCGCCGCAGCCCGAUCCGCCCUCCCCAGGCGCGCCCUCGCCCCACACCGGAGGCUCGCGGCGGCGGCGGCGGCCGCGAUGGAGGAGUGGUGGUCCGACUGGGAGCAGGACGGCGAGGAGGAGGCGCGCGCCUCGGCGCCGGCCGCCGGCCUUGACCCCGCCGGCGGGGGCCCCGGGGGCGUGCAGUGGGUCGUCAUGGGCCGCCCUGGCCCGCAGAAGCACGCCCACGCCGCGCGCCUCGCCGAGGUGCUCGCCGUGCCCUACAUCUCCAUGGGCGCGCUCCUCAGGCAGGAGCUCAACCCCUCCUCGCAACUCUACAGGAAGAUUGCAAACUCUGUGAAUGAAGGGAGGCUUGUGCCGGAGGACAUCAUAUUUGGGUUGCUGACGAAGCGGCUUGAGGACGGAUACAACAAGGGUGAAAAUGGGUUCAUUCUUGAUGGGAUUCCACGCACCCGUAUGCAAGCUGAGAUUCUUGACGAGAUUGUGGAUGUUGAUUUGGUUCUUAAUUUCAAGUGUGCUGAUGGCUGUUUCAUGAAGAAGCAAUCGAGAGGCAACAUCUGCGCCCACUGUGGACAGCUCUUUGACGUCAGCAAUUCAGCAUCUACGAACUGUAGCCCCAGCCUCGGGAGCUAUACAUGGCAUUCUCAGGCAGAACCUGCUGGUGUUUUAGGCCUCGAAGCCUCAAGGAUGGAGAGGAUGCGCACAUAUGCUGAGCAGACCAAGCAGCUGGAAGAUUACUACAAGAAGCAGAGGAAAAUUGUGGAACUGAAGACAUCUGCUCGCCCGGUGGAGACAUGGCAGGGGCUCGUAGCCGCCCUGCACCUCCAGCAUCUGGACUCGCCCCCGACACCGCACAAACUCACCGCGUAAAUAUCAUUAUUAAUUUUGCUACCUCCGAGUAGAGAGUCUAAAGGAUCAGAAUUCCGAUCCUGCCUGCAGCAUAUCUAAUAUCCCUAUGUUUGUGGGUUCUGGCUCGAGAGAGUCAGUCGGCUGUCUUUUGUUUUGUUUUGUUAUUGUUAUAGAUAAAGGUAAGCGAUUUUGCAGACACGCUUAUUGUAUGGUUGUAACCGAGAGUUGUGGACUUGCCUUGGCUUGCGAGUGUACUCGCUUAUAUGCUC